AUGGCAACCAAGGUACUCACGGAGCCGCAAUCGGUUGAGCUGCCGCCUGUCCAGGCCGGUGGCAGCCCCGCCGCAGCAUCGGCCGAAGCGCUGUCGGACCCGUCGAGCGGCUCCUCGCCAGCAGGGGACGCCAAAACGGCCAUCAUCCACUCGCGAUUCCGAGCCACGCUUGUUGUUGCGCAGCUGCUGGGCCUGAACCUCUUCAGCAGCUUCUGCAACGGCGUCGUCGUCGUCGGCCUGCCCGCCAUGGCCGCCUCGCUGCACAUCGACGAGGGCCUGCUGGUCUGGCCGACGUCCGUCUUCUACCUGACGGCCGGCUCGUGUCUGCUGCUGGCCGGCUCCAUUGCCGACGUGGUGGGCACCAAGACCAUGAGCCUGGUCGGCGCCUUCACCGCCGCCGUCUCUGCCAUGGCCUGCGGCUUGGCCCGGUCCAGCGGCCAGUUGAUUGCCUUUCGGGCGCUGCAGGGCGUCACAAACGCCAUCAUUGUGCCCUCGUCCGUCUCCAUUGUGUCGACCGGCUUGGAGGAGGGCAGGCCGCGCAAUCUGGGCUUUGCGUGCCUGGGCUUCGCCGGUCCGAUUGGCUUCUCUCUUGGUCUGGUUCUCGGUGGUGUCUUCGCUGACCGCACCGGCUGGAGGGCCGCAUUCUAUCUUGCCGCAGCCACCACUUUCGCCCUGUUCCUGGCCGGAGUUUGGGCGUUGCCAAAGGACGCUGUCCGUCCAAGGAAAUCGGUUUGGUCCAGCAUCCUGAAGGAAAUUGACAUCAUUGGGGCACUCAUCGGCACUGCGAGUUUGGUGAUGCUGUCCUAUGUUCUCGCAGUCUUAUCUGCCGAUAUCCACAGUAUUCAUAAGGCAUCUACCAUUGCCCUUCUCGUUGUCAGUGCCAUCUUGAUCCCUGUCUUCAUAGGAUGGAUGCAAUACCAGGAAAAGCACCAGCGCAAUGCACUUAUCCCCAAUUCACUAUGGAAGAACUGGGUCUUUACGAGUUGUUGCCUGAUGGUGCUACUCACCACGGCUGUGUGCAACUGCAUGGAGCUGUAUAGCAGUCUGUUCUUCCAACAAGUACAGCUAAAAUCCGCGCUGCAUGCUUCACUGCAGAUUCUCCCGUCUCUUAUUUCUGGAGCAUUAACCAACAUAUCGACCGGCAUCUUUGUAAACCGCAUGCCAGUCAUGUGGUCUGUACUCAUCUCCUCGACCAUCAGCGCAGUCGCGCCGCUUCUCAUGGCCCUUAUCCAUCCACACUGGCCUUAUUGGUACGAUGCUUUCUUCGCCCAGAUUCUGACUCCAUUGAGCUGCGAUAUUCUCUUCACAGUUGGCCUCCUCGUCGUGUCAGACGUUUUCCCACCACACAUGCAGGCUUUAAGCGGAGCCGUCUUCAACACCUGCGCACAGCUGGGUACAGCCAUUGGCCUAACCGUUACCUCGCUCAUUGCCACCUCUGUAACCAAUGCAUCUCCUGAAGCUGAUAAAGCCUCACCCAGCGCCCUUAUGGCUGGGUAUCGCGCCGUCUUCUGGACCAUGUUUGCCGCCAUGGCAUUGACCUGUGUGCUAAGUGUGCUUGGAUUACGGACAGUCAAACAGUUGGGGGUUAAGCGAGACUAA